AAAAAUCGCUAAUAUAGUCUGAUAUUGUAUACGCGGACUUGUCACUCCGGCGAGACAACUACGGAAUCGUUCCUCUUGGAGCUCCAGUGGAACUUCGGAAGAGUGAAAAAUGAACGGAAGUGGCAAUGUACAUUGGAACAUGACGUCGACAAAUUCCACGGAGGAAUGGAGGGAUUCGAUAGAAGUGAAAUCAUUACCAUUGACUGUUGUUUUUGUGAUGUCCGUCUUCGUAACCGCCUCCAAUCUUCUAGUCUUAGUCAUUCUACUCUGCAAGCCAGGAAUACGAAAGAAUUACAGGAUUGAGUUUAUUUUGUGGCUAUGCCUGAGCGACAUCGUUGUUGGAAUUACUGGUUGGUUGUUUGUAUUCAACUACAUCAUCAAGGAUUUGUCGACCAAUACACAUUACUGUAGUUUGAUGUACCACUUCAUAGGAGCUGGUAUUGGACAAUCUAUCGCGCAUACUUUCCUUAUUUGUAUCGAUCGGUAUAUGGCUGUUGUCAAUAACAUAAAGUACAAACAGUUUAACAAGAAAUAUCGCUACAUGGUCAUAUUCGGUACCUGGUUUUUUAUACACGGGUAUGUCGGCAUACUUGUCGUUAUUUGUAUGAGAGUGAAAUCUAUUACUUACUGUUCGCUGGAAUCUUUCCCUAGAUAUAAGACAUUUGUAAAUGGCACCAACGCGCUCUACAUGCCCCUCCUAGUAUCCAUACCCUGUUUAUACAUUUAUGUUCUGAUAGUAUUCAAAAAACGUUUAAGGCAGACACACAACUGUCCGCAUGUUCCUUUAUACGUGGUAGGGACUGCUACCACAUCUGAGAUCCAGGUAAACAGGGGACAAAGAAAACAAAGGAUUCAGAAGUAUGAGGAGCACGUGAUCGUAACGACAGGACUGAUCGUCGUAACAUUCCUCCUCCUUACCGGCCCUUUUAUCUUAAUAGUAUCCUUUCUAUACGGAUUUGGUUUAAUGUCGGUCAACAGAUCGACCAGGAUACUAAUAACAAUACUAACAUUUUGUAACUCUACGGUCAAUCCAUUCCUGUAUGUAUGGAGAAUUAGAAAAUUUCGACUAGUAUUAUACAAAAUAUUUUGUCCUUGUAAAACACCUCGAACUACUUAGUAGCACGGGGUUGAUAACGUUACGAUGAUCAUUUUCUGAAAAAUAAAUUCAAGUCUGUUGUAAAGGAUUGUUGUUUAUUCACGAUACGUCGCUGUAACACCACAAUCGUCGGGCGUUUCAGCAUGAAACGCCAGUUUUUCAGUGUUUACUUAUUUGCUGGGUUUCCCGUCAUAUGACUCAGGAAUCAGUAGUCGGACCCUAUUAAACCGAUACAUAUAUUGAGACCUUUAUUGAGAUCUUCACAUGUUAUCCACAGCAAUUCGGAUAUAAUGUUCUACCGAAGUACACAAGCACGAAAGUACAGGAAGAUUCAUUAUCUUAGACCCUCGAGAAAUGGGCGGAAUAAUUAUUUUCAUGGCGAUUAGUGAAAACUUUAUCUCUGAUGGAGAAAUUCGGUAUGAUCCUAACGGUUAACCUAUCUACGGAUAUACAUGUUACAUACAGUGCCUGAUAUGUUCACAUCAGAAACAAAUUCGUUGGUGGUAUCUUACACGACUUUCACGUAUUUGCAUAUUUCUAUUUCUACAUGUUUGUUAUUUGAGAAUAAAGAGGGCAAACUUUAUACUUCACGUAUUUGCAUAUUUGUAUUAUGAGCGACAACUUUAUACCUCGGGGCGAUCUUCUUGAUUGUAAUUUAA